AUGGAUGUAUACAGAGAGAUAUACAACACUGAGAAGAUCCCACCGCCUCACCCGAUUAAACACAAAAGGGGAGGAGGAAAUCGGACAGAGUACUGCGAAUACCACCAAAUCUAUAGGCAUUCUACCAAUGAGUGCUUUGACCUAAAGAAUGUCAUAGAAAGAUUGGCACGAGAAGGGCGACUAGACUGGUUCUUAGCCAGUAAGACGGAGCGACCGAGAAAGAGAAGAAGGGAAGAAGAGAUGGAACGAGUUGAACGCCCCCACCACACCCCCAAGAGACACGUUCAUAUGAUAAAUGGAGGAUUCGCAAGAGGAGGGAUCUCUAAAUCAUCAUGCAAAAGACACCUUAAAGAGGUGUACCAUGUCGGAGGAGGAGACAGGUCGGCCGACCUUCCCAAUAUCACCUUCUUUCAAGAUGCUGUGGGCAUCAUCCCAGGGCAUGAUGAUCCCAUGGUUAUUACCAUGAUACUGGCCAAUGCUAAUCUUCAUCAAACACUGGUAGACCAAGGAAGCUCUUCGGAUAUCUUGUUUAAAUCCGCCUUCAACAAGCUCGGUCUACAAGAUAAAGAGCUCAGAGCAUAUCCGAAUAGCUUGUUCGGACUGGGAGACACUCCAAUCCAACUACUUGGAUAUAUCUCACUGCACACAACCUUUGGAAAAGGAACUCGGUCCAGGACAGUUAACAUAGACUACAUAGUAGUCGAUGUGAACUCAGCUUAUAAUGCCCCAAUAGGUCAGAGAACGCUAAACCAGCUCACCACAGUAGUCUUCACUCCACAUCUGUGCAUGAAAUUCCCAAUUCCAGAAGGGAUCGACACGAUAAAGGGAGACCAAAAAAUUGCGCGGCGCUGUUACAAUGAAAGUCUGAACCUUAAAGGUGACCCCAAAGGGGAGGAAAUCAACACUAUCAAACUGGAGGGAGUUCAAGCUCGCGAGGAACUUUGA